GUAGCCAGGGGCGUGACCGCGUGUCCCCACCCGGCCGCCGUCGUCCGGCUGCCCCCGCCGGCGCGAGCCGCCCGCAGCAUGGCGGGAGCGGAGGCCCCCCCCGGCGGGCGGCGGCGGCUGCGGGACGAUGGGCUGCAGACCCCCACCUCCGCCGAACAGACCAAGGUGGAAGACAUUGUGCAGGAGGUCUUUGAUGCCUGCAAGAUGAGCCAUCAUGCUUCACAGUACGUCCUGCAGCGGGAGAAGCACUGCCAUUACCUGAAGAGAGGCCUCCGGCAGCUGACCAAAGCCUACGAGUGUCUGGAUGCCAGCCGUCCCUGGCUCUGCUACUGGAUCCUGCACAGCUUGGAGCUGCUGGAUGAGCCUAUUCCCCAGUCAGUUGCCUCUGACGUCUGCCAGUUCCUGAGCCGCUGUCAGAGCCCCCAGGGUGGCUUUGGGGGUGGCCCUGGCCAGCACCCACACCUUGCCCCUACCUACGCCGCUGUCAACGCACUGUGCAUCAUCGGCACGGAGGAGGCAUUCGAUGUCAUUGACAGGAAGAAGCUGCUGCAGUACCUGCACUCGCUGAAGCAGCCGGAUGGCUCCUUCCUCAUGCAUAUCGGCGGCGAGGUGGACGUCAGGAGCGCCUACUGCGCUGCCUCCGUGGCCUCGCUGACCAACAUCCUCACACCUGAGCUCUUUGCCGGGACAGCCGAGUGGAUAGUGAGGUGCCAGAACUGGGAGGGUGGCAUUGGUGGGGUGCCGGGCAUGGAGGCCCACGGCGGGUAUACCUUCUGCGGCAUGGCAGCCUUGGUCAUCCUGAAGAAGGAACAUCUGCUGAACCUCCGGAGCUUGCUGCGCUGGGUUACCAGCCGGCAGAUGAACUUCGAGGGCGGCUUCCAGGGCCGCUGCAACAAGCUGGUGGAUGGCUGCUACUCCUUCUGGCAAGCCGGCCUCCUGCCCCUGCUCCACCGUGCCCUCCACGCCAGGGGCGACACGGCACUCAGCAUGACCCGCUGGAUGUUUGACCAGUUAGCGCUGCAGGAGUACAUCCUCCUGUGCUGCCAGUGCCCAGCCGGUGGGCUGCUCGACAAGCCGGGCAAGUCCCGGGAUUUCUACCACACUUGCUACUGCCUGAGUGGGCUGGCCAUUGCCCAGCACUUCGGCAGCGGCGAGCUCCACCAGGAGGUGGUCCUGGGCGGCCCCGAGAACCGCCUGCAGCCCACGCACCCUGUCUACAACAUCAUCCCGGAGAAGGUGGCAAGAGCGGUGACGCACUUCUUGCGGCAGCCAGUGCCCAGCCUGCAGCCGGCAGCUGCUGCUGACUAGGGGGUCCCGCUGGCCCCAGACUGUGCAGAGCAGCCCUGCCCCAGGCCGGUGGGGAGCUGCUGCAGCGUCUCGACGCAGAUGGGCAGAGUGAGGUCCUCAGGGUGCUAGCAAUACCAAAAACCGGCCUGCCCCGUAGCCACCAGCUCCUUCUGCCGUCAUGCUGGGUGCCUUGCUGCCCUCCUGGCAGAAGCGGAGCUGGCUGAGGGGGACACGGGACGUGGCAGAGCUUUUGGCAUCAAUAAAGCGGAACAGACA